AAUGCCACUUGCUCUCAAACAAAAUUUUCAUUUUCCUCCUCUCCAUUAGCACUCACCAAACGCUCUCUCCAGAUUCUCUCAUACAGAGAUCGAAGAUGGCGCUAUCCACAGGCCGAAGAACCGUCAAUCAUCUCUUGAAACCUUUAACGGCGGCGGUGUCCGCCACGCGCCACGUAUCGUCGGACUCGACCGCCACAAUCACGGUAGAAACCAGCCUCCCGUUCACCGGCCACAAGAUCGAUCCUCCAUCCCGCACCGUCGAAACUAGCGCUAACGAACUCAUGACUUUUUUCAAGGACAUGGCGGAGAUGCGGCGGAUGGAGAUCGCCGCGGAUUCGCUCUACAAAGCAAAACUCAUCCGUGGAUUCUGCCAUCUCUACGACGGACAAGAAGCCGUCGCUAUUGGCAUGGGAGCCGCAAUUACCAAAAAGGAUUGUAUAAUUACAGCUUAUAGAGACCAUUGCAUCUUCCUUGCCCGCGGCGGAGGGUUAUAUGAGUCAUUUGCGGAACUUAUGGGAAGGAAAGAUGGAUGUUCGAAAGGUAAAGGAGGAUCCAUGCAUUUUUAUAAGAAGGAUAGUGGAUUUUAUGGAGGUCAUGGUAUUGUUGGUGCUCAAGUUCCUUUAGGAAUUGGAUUGGCAUUUGCACAGAAGUAUUCGAAAGAGGAGCAUGUCAGUUUUGCCAUGUAUGGUGAUGGUGCCGCUAAUCAAGGGCAGUUGUUUGAGGCUUUGAAUAUGGCUGCUUUGUGGGAUCUUCCUGCUAUUCUAUUCUUGAAAUGGACACCUAUAGGUACCAUGGUCACUCUAUGUCUGAUCCAGGAAGCACUUACCGAACUCGUGAUGAAAUUAGUGGUGUUAGACAGGAACGUGAUCCUAUUGAAAGAAUCAGGAAACUCAUAUUAGCCCAUGAUAUAGCCACAGAGAAGGAGCUGAAGGAUAUUGAGAAAGAAAAGAGAAAAAUUGUAGAUGAAGCCAUUGCUAAAGCAAAGGAGAGUCCCAUGCCUGACCCUUCUGAGCUCUUUACCAAUGUAUAUGUGAAAGGGUUUGGAGUUGAGGCCUGUGGAGCAGAUAGGAAAGAAGUCAGAGCUACACUUCCAUGAGGGCUGUGUUUGCAUAUUUUUUGAUCGCCUUCUCAUAUGCACAAGAGAUAAAGCUAUAACUACAGCAAAUAAUUGUGAUAGUAAAAUCAUUGGGCUUCGUCACGCAUAGUAACUGAAAUGGUUUAUCUUAAAUGUAGGAACUUGCUCUUCUUUGUUAAUGUUUUCUUUCUCUAACUGCAAACAUUUGGCUGGUGUAUCUUUCCUACACGUUCCAUUUUAGAUGGUAAUAAAUUUAAGUAUAGCGCCAUUGGAUGUUGUUUUCA